AUGGUGUGGAUACAGCCGCGGAUGAUCGAGCACGGGGUGGCGAAGAAGGAGAAGGAGAACAACGUGUGGACGGCCGAGUGCGUCAACGAGCGGUUCCGCCUGGAAUCUCUGACCGUCAAGCCCACCACCAACAUCUCCUCCGACGAGGCCGCAGCCGCCACAGCGACAUCGAAAAAGAAGACGAGAGCGACGGCGAAGAAGAGGAAGAAGAAGACGCACAAGACCGCCACGAGGCGCUUCGUUGACGACAACCUCGCCUGGGAUGAAGGUGAAGGUGGAGACAAGAUGGACGAAGUCGCGCUCGAUGAAAGUGAAGGUGAAGGUGGAGAUGAGAGCAGCAACAGCGGCAACAGCAGCAGCGGCACCACCACAACAACCAACAACGGCAAGGAGGCGAAGGAGGAGAAGAAGGCGGAAACGAAGUUGUGGCGAAUCGUGAUGAUGCGGACAGAUGUAAAUAGCGAGGCGGUGGUGGUGGCGGAGGACGACGCGGAGGAGGUCAUCCGGGCCGACUGGCGGUGGAUAGAGGCCAACAUGCUGGCCAAGCUCUCUCAGAUCAUUUCCGAGGAGGGCACCGACAAGGUCGACAAGUUUCUCCUCCUCCAGUUCCAGAUGUUGUACAUUAACCAGGCCAACGAAAUCGCGCUGCGACAAAUCGAGCUCCGACGCUCGACCAGCACACCGACCUCGCCACCACCGACCAAGAAGAAGGAAUCCGCGGACACUGACGAAGUGCUAUCGACCCUCAACUGUUCGCUUUGGGUGAAACUGCGCUACCGAGCUGGCACCAUGCGCGUGUGUCACACCAAGAUCGACUUCAGCGGGAACACCGUCAAAGUGCUCAUCUUUCUCACGGACAUCCUUGCCGUCACCAAGGAGAAAUCGACGCUGAUGGCCAGACAGGACUCGCUGCGAAUCAAAGCGCGCGAGGGCGACUACUUCUUCUCGGACAUCGAAAAGCGCGACGACGUCUACGAGCUCAUCUCCCAGCUGUGGAACAUGGACAUGGAGAAACGUGCUCCUGCCCGCCACCUCCCCACGGAAAGCGCCUCUUCUGCGGGCGUCGCCGCACAGCCCUCCAUCGACAACGGCGGCAACGCGCCAACCGACGGCGUCUGCGACACGUCAUCAAGCGGUGUCGGCGUCGACACCUCAUCAGGCAGCCGCAGCGGCGGCAGCAGCGCGGCCGGACCGGGCUCCGACGCCGACGACGGCGCCUCCUCAUCCAUGCUGCAGUCGGUCGGGGAAUUUCUCACCAACUCGGGCAGUUUGGUGGUGGGCGACUUCGUCAUCUCCAAGACCCACGACGAGGUGGUCCACAAGCCACAGACAGCCGCCGCGUCCGCCGCCGACCGCGUGGCCGACGCCGAUGGCCCGGUGCUGUCGCGGUCGGACGGGGCCGAAGCCGCGGCCGGAGGCGGCUCGGUCGCUGGCCCGGCCAGGCGCUCGCAGAGCGGCGGCCGCGAAGUGUUCGCCGGCGUCGACGUGGUGAACAGUCCGACGCGCGAGCGGGCCAGCAGCAGCGGAACCACGCCGACCUCGCGCAGCGGCUGGGCCGCGCCGGACCCUGCGACCGACCCCGGAGCCUGGUCGCCCUCCACGCGGGCCAUCAUGGAAGAAGCACAGAUGGACCGGUCGAGUGCGGCGGUGCCCACGCGUGGCCGCGUGCGAAGCGGCUCGGUCUCCAUCGAGACGCUCCCGCCCCGGCGCCCUUCCGUGACCACGCCCACCACCUCGCCCGUCCUUCCCCGCGCCGCCGCCGGUGAGCCGCGCAAGCCCAGCAUGAAGGACGUGCUCGAGACCAAGAAGCGCAACGAGCACUUCCGCUUCCUCUUCCAGCUGCCCGCCGACGAGUCCCUGCUGCACAAGUUCGACGCCUCGCUCAGCUUCCGCAAGGUGUUCGUGCUGGGCCGCAUCUACCUCUCGGCCCACUACGCCUGCUUCCACUCCCUGCUCCCGGCCGACAAGGCCGAGCUCCGCCUCGCCAACGGCCUCACCGGCAGCGGCUCGGUCGCGCUCGGCGUCGGCGGCGGCGCUGACGUCAGCAACGCUCUUAACAACGGCGGCGGCGGAGGGAGUAGGGCGCGGGGCCUGCGCGACGGCGGGGUGUUGGCCGACAGUGUGCUGCGCGGUCGGCGCGGGUCGUCGUCGUUCGGCGGCGGGUCGGGGUCGUCGGGCGCAGGCGCGGGCGGCGCGGCGCCGUUUCUUAAGGUGGUGGUACCCUUCGUCGAGAUCGCACAGAUCGGCCUCGAGGACGACGGCCCCGGCUCCUACCUCAUCGCCCUAAACACCAAGCGCAACCAGGAGCUCAAGAACGAGGCCUGCGCGCACCUCAUGUUCGUGCCGGUGCCCCGCUCGCCCAACCUCGACCCGCGCCACCCGCGCGCCACCACCGCGUCGCCGCUGGGGCGCUCGAAGGAGGAGGACGUGUCGCCGGUGGACUGGAACGACCCCGAGCAGCUCAAGGAGUUCUUUGGCGAGUUCAAGGCGGACGAGAUACUGAACGAGGAGGCCAAGGAACACAAGUGGACGGCCUACUUCCGCGAAAACGGCAUGGGCGUCGACAUGCUCAAGACCCUCGAACUCAAAAAGUUGGUGUACGAGGGGGUGCCGAACGGGCUACGGGCGCGGCUGUGGCAGAUCUGCUCGGGGUCGAUCUACCGCCUGCGGUCCCACGACAGCUCCGGCCUCUACCGGAGCCUCUUCGAGAAGUUCAAGGGGCGCCAGUCCCUCGCCACCGAACAGAUCGAGAAGGACCUCCACCGCUCGUUCGACCACCCGUUCUACCAGCCUGGCGGACUGCGCAUCAAUGCGCUGCGGCGAGUGCUCACCGCCUAUUCGUGGCACAACCCCGAAAUCGGGUACUGCCAGUCGAUGAACAUGAUCGCGGCGGCGUUCCUGCUGUACCUGAACGAGGAGGAGACCUUCUGCCUGCUCAUCACCCUGGUCGAGGACAUGCUCAAGGGCUACUACACCAAGGAAAUGCUCGGCUCCUGCGUCGACCAACGCGUCUUCGAGGUGAUGUUGACGGAGCACAUGCCGCGGGUGCACGCUCACGUGACGGACGCGCUGGGCAUCCCGAUCGCCUGGUUCUCGUGUCCCUGGUUCCUCUGCCUCUUCAUCGGCAAACUGCCACUCAAGAUCGGGCUGGCGCUGUUCAAGAUCUCCGAGAACGAGGUGCUCAACACCAAGGACGAGGGCAGUACCAUCCUCGCCGCCAUGCAGCAGCGCACCCUCGAAGACCCCGAGCUCCUCUUCAAGGUGGCGCUGAGGGACUUUGGGUCGAUCACGAUGGACAAGGUCAAGCAGCUCCGCAACUCGUACAAGCUUCAGGUCAUCAUCGACCUCGAAGACGAGAAGCGCAGGGAGGCGGAGUGGGAGGAGCAACAGAAGGCGAAGGAGACGCUCGAGCGCAUGGCCAAGGAGAACGAAAAGUUCACCGCCAUGGCCGCGGCGGCUUCAGUGUCGCCCUCGGCGUCGCCACCGACCGGCCGCCAGCGCUCCAGCACCGUGACCCACGCCGGCCCGCCCUCGUUCAUCGCCGCCAUGGCCGGCGCGUGGUCGCCCAUCGCCGCCGCGGCCACGGCCGCCGCCGCUACGGCGUCGACUACAGACCUGUCGACGUCGACAUUACACGCGACACCGUCGACAGUGCCGGUGCCCAAGCGGUCGUCGACGGGAAUGUUUGCCGGCGGCGGCGGUAGCACCGGCUCGAGCUCGGGCGGCGUGUCUCGGCGGCGCUCGUCGUUCUUUGGUCCGACCCGGUCGCGCGGCGACGAGGCCCUGCCCUCGCCCCGCUCUUUGCCGCUGACGUCGUCAUCGCCUCCCACGCCGUCGCCCAUAUCAUCAUCACCAUCGUCGUCGUCUUCGCUCUCUGGCGCGCCCAUGUCGUCGUCGCUGCCGUCGCCGGCAUCGCCGCUCGCGUCGGCGUCGUCGUCGGCGCAGGUCGACUCGUCGCCGGCCGUGCUGACGCGCCGCCGCUCGAACACGACCGUCGACAUGGCCGGACCGCCGUCGCUCAGCUUCCUCGAAUCGCUGGGCGCCAGCGGCAGCGGCGCCGACUCGCCCGCGGCCUCGCCCUUCGCCUCCUCCUCUCCGCCGCCCGAGUCGCCCUAUCGCGCGCCCCUCACCCUGCAGCAGCCCACCACCACCACCACCGCGACCCCCGAUACCAGCCCUGCGGGGGCCGGCGGUGACGCGGCGGGCGGCCAGCGCGGGCGGGUGCUGGGCCGGAGGGGCACGCCGUCGUCGCCGCUCGCGCUGUCGUCGCUGUCGGCCGGCGGAGCGGCGGCUACGAUGGCCGCCGCGGCGGCGGGCAGCAGCAGUCCGUCAGGUUCACCGUCGCACGGGCGGCGGGGCACGAAGCUGCGGCUGGCCGACAUGCGGAGCAUGAAGGAGCGGGGCCAGUUCAGCGAGUUCUCGUCGUGGGGCAUCAACGUGCUCGAGAACCUCCUGGGCUCCAACGCCUCGCCACCGGCCUCACCGACGUCCGCGUCGUCGUCGUCGUCGUCAUCGUCGCCUUCCUCUUCCUCAUCCGCGGCGGCGAACAACGAUGUAGACAACAAAUCGCCACGUGGUGUGGAGCUGGUGGGCGACUUCAAGGCCAAGCUGGCGUCGGCGUCGUCCUUCAUCUCGUCGCUCGUCGCCCCGACCUCUCCCUAG